GACGCGGGGAGACACGGCGGAGACGCGGGGAGACACGGCGGAGACGUCGGGACGAGAAGGAGACACAGCGUAGACGCGGGGAGACGCUGUGGAGACGCCGGGACAGACGCUGGGACGCACGGGAGAGACACGAAGGCUCGGGGAGACGCAGCGGCGAGGCACGGGAGGGACGCGGCGGGGAGGCCGGGCGGUGAGGUCAGGCCCAGCGAAAUGUCGUCGCUGUACGGAGUCCGCGCCUGGAAGGAGUGGGUCCAGAGCCUGGGAGCCUCGCAGCACCGGCGGGGGGAGAUUGAGGUGCGGGCCGACCCGCUCAGCUGCACCUCCAUCGAGCUGAGCUACGGCCUCUGCCGCUUUCUCCGGGAGGCCCGGAGGCCCAACGGCCGGGCCUACCAGCCAGACAGCCUCUACUACCUGUGCCUGAGCCUGCAGCACUACCUGUUUGAACACAAGCGGAUCGACAACAUCUUCACUGACGUCUACUACAGCCGCUUUAGCGAGGAGCUCUCACUGCUCCUGCAGAACUGGCGGCCGCGUCUACUGCCGAGCGGCGAGCUGCACUCCCGGGUGGAGGAGGAGCACCUGUGGCAGUGCAAGCAGCUGGGCGCCUUCUCCCCGGCUGUGCUGCUCAGCACGCUGCUCUUCUUCAACGCCAAGUUCUUUCGCCUGCACUCGCUCGAGGAGCACCUGGCCCUGUCAUUUGGCCACAUCACCAAAUAUCACCGCAAGGGCACCACCACCACCACCAAGUCCGUCUGUCUCUGCCUCUACCCAGCCACCGACGCGCAGAGGGAGGCCGAGCGCCAGGCCUCCGGCUAUCGGCGUCGGCGUGACGAGGAGCUGUGGCUGCUACAGCCGGAGAAUGUUGACAACCCGCUGAGGUGCCCGGUCCGCCUGUACGAGUUCUACCUCUCCAAGUGCCCCGAGGCCGCCAAGAGCCGUAACGACGUCCUGUACCUGCAGCCGGAGCUCGCUUGUGUCCCCGACAGCCCCCUGUGGUACGCACAGCGGCCGCUGCAGCCGGCGCUGCUGGCCACCAUGCUAGCGCGCAUCACCAGCGUGCGCCAGGUGCACUGCUCCACCGCCUCCUCCGCCUCCACUGCCUCCGCCUCCACCGCCUCCUCCGCCUCCUCGCCGCCCGCCACCGUCACCGACGCGGCGGCCGCUGACGGUGGCGGUGCCGAGCGCCAGCGGCAGGAGCAGGAGGAGGAGGAGCAGGAGGAGGAUCCGUCAUUAACUUUGGAUCGUGACCUGGCAUCGCCGCCAGUAGCAUCACCAUCACCGGUAGCACCGCCAGUAGCAGCAGCAGCAGCAGCUUUACCGGCAUCACCGCCAGCACUGGCAUCACCGCCAGCAGCACCACCAGCAGCAGCAGCAGCAGCACCGCCAGUAGCAUCAGCAGCAGCAGGAGGAGGAGCAGCAGCAUCAGCAGCACCGGCAUCGCCGGCAUCACCGCCGGCGGCAGCGGCCGCUGCGACGUCUGUGGGUGGCUGCGGUGAAGAAUCGUGGUUGCUGCAUGGUGGUGUUGGUGGUGCCACUGGUGGUGGUGAUGGUGGUGGUGGUGCCACUGGUGGUGGUGGAAGAACCCCCAGCCAGCCCCAGCCACGGACGGUGACGCCGCCGCCGCCCCCCCCCCUCCACGGCACGGAGGGGCCCCCCACGGAGAGGCGGAGGAGGAAGUGCGUCAAGUCGCCGGUGGUGGAGGUGGACGAGGAUGAGGAGUUGAUGGAGGAGUUGAUGGAGGAGGCGGAGGUGGAGGCAGUGGCUCGCACGGGAGGCAGGAGGAGGCGGAAGAGGAGGAUGGUGGCAUUUGUGGUGAAGGCCCUCGCUUCGAGAGCGAGCGGGAAGGACGCAAAGCAGAACUUCUCGUGGCACCGCCGCACGUAG